CGAGUAGUAAGUGUAAGUUCAUGGGAGCGCAGUGGAAAUCACCAAUUAAGAACUAUGCAAAGAAAUCAACCAUCUAUGCUGCAGAGAAGAUAUUGCAGCCUCACAGUAACAGAUGACAGACAGUGUGCUAUAGCACUUCUUCUAUCACACGCACACACAGAAGCAGAUGAUGCAAAGGGCGUUACCAUGCCUACAUGGCAGAAUGCUGCGGACUGUAAGAAGCCAAAGAAGAAGCAGAAUCAGAAAUCUGGUGAUGACGGUGAUUUUGUAAAUUUAGCAGAGGAUAUUGGGGAUUCUUUAAUCCUUAGUGUGGAUAGCCCUAUUGAAUCCUGGAUUUUGGAUUCUGGUGCAUCUUUCCAUUCGUCACCAAGCAAGGAGUUGUUCCAAAAUUUCAAAUGUGGAAAUUUUGGAAAGGUGUAUCUUGCUGAUAACAAGGCCUUGGUUAUUGAAGGGAAAGGGUUUUGGGAUGACAAAAACAGAACGAUCCUGAGACAUUGUGACGUGACAUUUGAUGAGUCUAUCAUGUACAAAGACGGAGUACAGAAGGUCUCAGAGACUACGAAGCAAGUGGGAGUUGAGGUUGAGUUGGAGAAAAGUACCCCCAUAGAUGUUGAAGUAGAAACUCAACCAACUCCAGACAUUGUUGAUAAAGAACCUGAGGUGGAGCAAGUGACACCUGAGCAGGUGUUGAGGAAAUCAUCCAGGACUAUCAGGGCACCAGAUAGGUAUUCACCUUCAUUACACUAUCUGUUGCUAACUGAUGAAGGAGAACCAGAGUCCGUUGAUGAGGCCAUACAGAUGUUGCGGUGCGGUGAAGAUAUUGAUGAUGUUGGCAAUUUCUGAGAUGAUUGGAUCAGUCUCCAAGUGGGAGAAUUGUUAGGUUGUGGAGCCUGAUGCUUAAUGGUUAAGUUUGCUUAAUAGUUAAGUUUGCUUAAUAGUUAAGUUUACUUAAUGGCUAAGUUUACUUAAUGGUUAAGUUGUAAUACCU